AUGGCUUCGGAGCCUGCUGCUUCGCAGCACGACCAGACGGUGACAGCAUGCCUCGCAAAGAAUAGCAAUGAUUCUGCUGAGCAUGUAAUCAAACAAUUGCUGCGUGGCCCCCUGCACCACUACCUCGGCGGCACGAGCACAGCUGAGCGUGCCAAGCACUGGCACUGGGAGCAGGGCGCAACCUCUCCCCGGAACGCGCCCCCCAGUGCGGAAGAGUUGGAGGCGGUGCGUACAUACUAUGGGUACAAGCCCGAGUCCGAGGGUGGCCCUAGCGAGCUCUAUCUCCAGCUGCUGGCCGACUGCAUGCUGGCGCUGCACUACAACCCCAUGAGCGGUGUCGUCUCGCCGCAGAUCCUUGCGUCGACCGGUGUCGUGCCUCUGUCGAUCUUUUCGACAGGCCCCGACAUUGUCCAGCAUUAUUACCACUGUAUUGUGGACGCCAAAGAAGAGGUCGUGCUCCUGACCAACUACUGGCAGCAAGGCAAGAACGUCGACAAGAUCUCGGACGCGAUCCGCGAGCUCAACAGCCGCACCAAAGCGCGCGGCGGCAAAAUUGUGAUGAAGAUCAUGUGGGACCGUGGCCCUCAGACGCUGGCGGACCUCUUCCGGAUGCGCAAGCCCGUGCCGCCGGCCAAGUGGAAGGCCAACGGUCUGCCUGCGCCGGACGAGCUGACCCACAUCGACCUCGAGAUUCUCAACUACCACCGCCCGAUCAUGGGCACCUUCCACGCAAAGCUCCUCCUGGUAGACCGAUCGGUCGCGCUGCUCAACAGCAUUAAUAUCCAGGACCGCCCGAACCUCGAGGCGUGCAUCCGCCUCGAGGGCGAUAUCGUGAACGCCGUGUACGACCACGCGCUCAUCUCGUGGGGCAACGAGCUGAACCCUCCGCUGCCGUGCCUCGGGCGUCCCGCGUCGCCGCAUGUCGACGCGAGCGCCUUUUUGCAAGGCGGCAACUCCAUGCCGCAGCUCUCGCAAGAGCAGCUCAAAAUUAUGUCGCGCACCGCCAUCUCCCAGCUCAAAAUGGACGACCAGGAGACCGAACGGCAGCAGGCAAUCCCGAUGCGGGUGCACAUCGCGGACCUCGUCGAGCACAUGAUCCAGGCGCGUGCGAAUGCCACGGAUCAGCGCGCGGCACAAAAUGCCGCGCCUUCGUCCAAGGUCGACCAAGAAACGGCGGUGCGCCGUGCGGCGGCCAUCUGGAAGAACAAGGCGCGCGCCGCACAGGACCGGCCGCGCGAGACGAGCCCGGGGCCGCUGGCGGGCAGUGCGCUGCGCAUGCUCGGCAAAGACAGCAGCAGCAGCUGGAACGUGCAGCGCAAUCAGCUGGCAACUACGCGCGGGGCCAACAUUAAUCCGUCGAUCGCGGCGCAGCGCCUUGCGCGCAUCACCAGCUCGCUCGACUUUGCGAACAACUCGCGGGUGCGCGGCGAGCUGCGCCCUGAAGUCAUUGAGCAGAGCCGUGGCGGAUGGGACGCGCAGCACAUGAUGGGCCUGCUCGACUUUGAGCCGCUCAUCUUCCACACACCGCACGAGCCCGUGCCGAUGGCGCUGGUGAACCGCCGCCCGUGGGGCCGUCCCGGGCACGAUGACAUCCAAAAUCCCCAGGCGGCCGCGUGGCUCGCCGGCUUCCGCUACGCCAAGAAACACGUUUUCAUUCAGAGUCCCACGCUGAAUGCGACGCCUGUGCGUGCAGCGGUCCUUGCGUGCGUGCGCCGCGGCGUGCGCGUGGAGCUGUGGCUGGAUCUCGGCUUCAACGACAAGAGCGAAAGCAUGCCCUUCCAGGGCGGCACGAACGAACAAGUGGUCGCAAAAAUGUACAAGGCACUGCACCAGGAAGGCAAAGGCUACGAGCGUUUCCUGGAAGUCUACUGGUACACCGGAAAAGACAUGGACCGCCCUUUGAAUGCUGUGCGCAAGCAGCGCAACUGCCACGUAAAGUUUGCCGCGAUCGACGGACGCGUCGGCAUCCUCGGCAGCGGCAACCAGGACACCCAGAGCUGGUAUCACUCGCAAGAGAUCAAUGUCAUGGUCGACAGCAAGCAAAUCGUCUCGGAGUGGGUCACUGCGCUGCGCAGCAACCAGUCGACGCACAUUUACGGCAAGGUCGACCAGGCCACCGGCCUGUGGCGCGGCAAGCAGGGCAACCAGCUCCCGGAUACCGGCAAAGACCCAGAACAGGACGAGGCGUCGUAG